GGAUAGGGGAUUAUGAUGGUGGCCAGAACCUGAAGAAGCCAAAUGUCACUGUCUCAAAGUAUGUCCUCUGGUCCUGGCUGGCAGCACUGUGGUCAUCCAGAUGGCGGCAGAGGACACAGAGGCGAUGGAAGCCCGUGGGGCAGGAGAAAGCUGCCCCGCCCUCUCCAAGGUGGCGCCUGCUGACAACAUACCUGAAGGGAAGUCAAAGGCUUCUUUGGAUGCAGAACCCCCAAAGCUAGAACUGCCCCUCCUGGAAGAGAAUGAAACCUGUGAGGACAAAGAUUGCCCAGGGCCCCCUAAGUCACUGUCCCCAAAGUCUGGCCCUACCACCACCAAGGGUCAGGCUGGCGAUGGGCCUGGACCGGAACCCACGGAGCUGCCCCUGACCUUUGAGACAGAGCACCACAACGCGAUGGAGCUGGAGAAGGUGCGCAUGGAGUUUGAGCUGACCCGCCUGAAGUAUCUGCAUCAGGAGAACGAACGGCAGCGGCAGCACGAGGAAGUGAUGGAGCAGCUACAGCAGCAGCAGCAGCAGGCUUUGCCUCGCCAGUUCUCGGGAGGCCUCCAGGACCUCUUGCUCCCCCAGAACCAGUUUGCCAUGUUCCUGUACUGCUUCAUCUUCAUCCACAUCAUCUACGUUGCCAAGGAGAUGGUCUUCUUUCUCUUCUCCAAGCAUUACCUGUUCUGCCUGGCGGCCAUAUUGCUGUGUUUAAUUAAAACCCUGUGGUCCUACUUCCAAGUGCCUUUGCUUCUUCCAUCGCUGGGGAUGUCCUCUGCCCACCACCAGACCCCUCCCCUCCCCUACUGCAACCUGGCGGGACCCCGCACAGCUGCCAGCCAGCUGCUGACGCCUACAUGUGAAGGCACUUGGACAGGCACCUGCCUUGAGCCUGCUUCUCACUGUGAUGACUAUGCCUCCUCCCCAAGAGAGACCUUCUCCCCAAGAGAGACCUUCAGAAGUUAA